GUCAUUUGGUAAAGAAUUGAUAAGUAAAACACCGCUAUAUGAGAGUUUGGUCUUGGAAAGAUUAGAUUUGACAGAUGGUAUUUUGAGAUCAGUAACAGAGGAGCGAGUAUAUACACCGUGCGAUGCCCCGGAGAAACAAAACAACUCGCGCAGAUCACUAGGAGAUGAGCUGCGCAAGGUGCUUACAACGAGUAAAAUUUUUCGCAUCUUGAUUAAGUUAUAG